GUAUAAGAGGUAGAAAAGUGGUCAUAGAAGAGUGAAAAAAAGGAAGAAUUUGUCCAAGUUUUCUCACUAUCUACAAUUUUCUGGGAGGCAUGCGAUACCCUCCCUCUAUCGGUUCAAUUUUAUUGAUUAUUCCUAUUUUUCUAACAUUUUUUGGAAAUUCUAAUGCACAGUUGUGGAAAAGAUGUGUUUCACCUCAAGACUGCCUUUGUUCUGGCACAACCAAUGGAAUAUCGAGAUAUGGAACCGGAAAUAUUUUGGAAGAUCUGGAAACUAUGUACCGAGGGUGUCGUCGUGUUUAUGGAAAUCUUGAAAUAACAUGGAUAGAAGCAAAUGAAAUAAAGAAAUGGAGAGAAUCGACGAAUAGCACUGUGGACCCAAAAAAUGAAGAUUCACCAUUGAAAUCAAUUAACUUUUUUGAUAAUUUAGAGGAGAUUCGAGGAAGCUUAAUAAUUUAUCGUGCGAAUAUUCAAAAAAUAUCAUUUCCAAGACUACGAGUAAUCUACGGAGACGAGGUUUUUCACGAUAAUGCAUUGUACAUUCAUAAAAAUGAUAAAGUUCACGAAGUUGUGAUGAGAGAGUUGAGAGUGAUUAGGAAUGGAAGUGUCACAAUUCAAGACAAUCCAAAAAUGUGUUACAUUGGGGAUAAAAUCGAUUGGAAGGAGUUACUGUACGACCCAGAUGUACAGAAAGUUGAAACUACAAACUCACAUCAACAUUGCUAUCAAAAUGGAAAAUCAAUGGCAAAAUGCCAUGAAAGUUGUAAUGAUAAAUGUUGGGGAUCCGGAGACAAUGAUUGUCAACGAGUCUACCGUUCCGUAUGUCCAAAAUCUUGUUCUCAGUGUUUCUACUCGAACUCUACAAGUUCAUACGAAUGUUGUGACUCGGCUUGUCUUGGAGGAUGUACAGGUCACGGACCAAAAAAUUGCAUUGCCUGCAGUAAAUAUGAAUUGGAUGGAAUCUGUAUCGAAACGUGCCCAUCGCGAAAAAUUUUCAAUCACAAAACAGGACGAUUAGUUUUUAACCCAGACGGAAGAUACCAAAAUGGAAAUCAUUGUGUGAAAGAAUGCCCUCCUGAACUUCUAAUCGAAAACGAUGUAUGUGUUCGUCACUGCUCAGAUGGUCACCAUUAUGAUGCUACAAAAGAUGUUAGAGAGUGUGAAAAAUGCAGAAGUUCCAGCUGUCCAAAAAUUUGCACGGUCGAUGGACAUCUGACAAACGAGACACUUAAAAACUUGGAAGGCUGCGAACAAAUUGAUGGUCAUUUGAUAAUAGAGCAUGCAUUCACAUACGAACAACUAAAAGUCUUGGAGACAGUGAAAAUUGUUAGCGAGUACAUCACGAUUGUUCAGCAAAACUUCUAUGACUUAAAGUUUCUCAAAAAUCUACAAAUCAUUGAAGGCCGAAAACUUCACAAUGUAAGAUGGGCUCUCGCAAUUUAUCAAUGCGAUGACUUGGAAGAACUGAGCUUAAACUCAUUGAAACUUAUAAAAACUGGAGCUGUAUUAAUAAUGAAAAAUCAUCGAUUGUGUUAUGUGUCGAAAAUUGAUUGGUCAUCAAUUAUCACUUCAAAGGGAAAAGAUAACAAACCCUCAUUGGCAAUUGCUGAAAAUAGGGAUAGCAAACUGUGUGAAACUGAACAGAGAGUUUGUGAUAAAAACUGCAAUAAACGUGGUUGUUGGGGCAAGGAACCAGAGGACUGUCUCGAGUGUAAGACCUGGAAAAGUGUUGGGACGUGUGUUGAGAAAUGUGACACGAAAGGAUUUCUGCGCAACCAGACAUCAAUGAAAUGCGAAAGAUGUUCUCCGGAAUGUGAAACCUGCAACGGUCUAGGUGAACUGGAUUGUCUCACUUGCAGACAUAAAACUCUCUACAAUUCGGAUUUCGGUAAUCGUAUGGAAUGUGUCCACGAUUGUCCAGUUUCACACUUUCCGACGCAGAAAAAUGUAUGCGAAAAGUGUCAUCCGACGUGUUAUGAUAAUGGAUGUACUGGACCUGACUCAAACCUAGGCUAUGGAGGAUGUAAGCAGUGCAAAUACGCUGUAAAAUAUGAAAAUGAUACAAUAUUCUGCUUACAAUCAUCUGGAAUGAACAAUGUGUGUGUGGAAAAUGACUUGCCUAACUAUUACAUUUCAACAUAUGAUACCGAAGGAGUCAUUGAGACUCACUGCGAAAAAUGUUCAAUUUCCUGCAAAACAUGUAGUUCAGCUGGUCGCAAUGUUGUUCAGAACAAGUGUGUUUGCAAGCAUGUUGAAUAUCAACCUAAUCCUUCGGAAAGAAUUUGUAUGGAUCAGUGUCCAGUGAACAGUUUUAUGGUUCCCGACACAAAUAACACGGUCUGUAAAAAAUGUCAUCAUGAAUGUGAUCAGAACUAUCAUUGUGCAAAUGGUCAAUCAACUGGAUGCCAAAAAUGUAAAAACUUUACGGUUUUCAAGGGAGAUAUUGCUCAAUGCGUCAGCGAAUGCCCAAAGAAUCUUCCAUUUUCGAAUCCGGCAAAUGGAGAAUGUUUGGACUACGAUAUUGCAUCAAGACAGCGAAAAACAAGAAUGGUUAUUAUUGGAAGCGUGUUAUUUGGAUUUGCAGUGAUGUUCUUGUUCAUUUUGCUCGUCUACUGGAGAUGUCAACGUAUUGGUAAAAAACUGAAAAUCGCUGAAAUGGUUGACAUGCCUGAACUAACUCCAAUUGAUGCCAGUGUUCGACCAAACAUGUCUAGAAUUUGCCUCAUUCCAUCAUCCGAGCUGCAAACCAAACUAGACAAAAAGCUGGGAGCCGGAGCAUUCGGAACUGUCUUUGCUGGAAUUUACUAUCCAAAGCGAGCAAAGAAUGUUAAAAUCCCGGUUGCAAUCAAAGUAUUCCAAACAGAUCAAAGUCAAACUGAUGAAAUGUUGGAAGAAGCUACGAAUAUGUUCAGAUUGAGACACGAUAAUUUGCUCAAGAUUAUUGGAUUCUGUAUGCACGAUGAUGGUUUGAAAAUUGUCACUAUCUACAGACCUCUCGGAAAUCUUCAAAACUUUUUGAAACUUCACAAGGAAAAUUUGGGUGCACGAGAACAAGUAUUAUAUUGUUAUCAAAUUGCAUCUGGAAUGCAAUAUUUAGAGAAACAGCGAGUUGUUCACAGAGAUUUGGCAACAAGAAAUGUUCUUGUGAAGAAGUUCAAUCACGUGGAAAUCACUGAUUUUGGUCUCUCUAAAAUUCUGAAACAUGACGCCGACUCAAUCACUAUCAAAUCUGGAAAAGUUGCAAUCAAAUGGCUUGCGAUCGAAAUCUUCUCCAAACAUUGUUACACCCAUGCUUCUGAUGUUUGGGCAUUUGGAGUCACAUGUUGGGAGAUUAUAACAUUUGGACAAAGUCCGUAUCAAGGAAUGUCGACUGAUAGUAUUCAUAAUUUCUUGAAAGAUGGAAACCGUCUUUCCCAGCCACCAAACUGCUCUCAAGACUUGUAUCAAGAGCUUCUGAGAUGUUGGAUGGCGGAUCCAAAGUCUCGUCCUGGUUUUGAAAUAUUAUAUGAAAGAUUUAAAGAAUUCUGUAAGGUUCCCCAACUUUUCCUGGAAAAUUCCAACAAGAUUUCUGAAUCUGAUUUGUCAGCUGAAGAACGUUUUCAAACGGAAAGAAUCCGAGAAAUGUUUGAUGGAAAUAUCGAUCCACAGAUGUACUUUGAUCAAGGAAGUUUACCAAGUAUGCCAAGUUCUCCAACUUCUAUGGCAACGUUCACAAUUCCACAUGGUGAUCUGAUGAAUCGAAUGCAAUCAGUAAACUCAUCUAGGUACAAAACGGAGCCUUUUGAUUAUGGGUCAACCGCACAGGAAGAUAAUUCAUAUCUUAUUCCAAAAACCAAAGAAGUUCAGCAGUCAGCAGUUUUGUAUACAGCUGUUACAAAUGAAGAUGGUCAAACCGAGCUAUCCCCAUCAAAUGGCGAUUACUACAACCAACCAAACACUCCUUCAUCUUCCUCUGGAUAUUACAAUGAACCACAUCUCAAAACUAAAAAACCUGAAACAUCAGAAGAGGCUGAAGCAGUUCAAUAUGAAAAUGAAGAAGUAUCACAAAAGGAAACUUGUCUUUAACUUUUCGAACAUCCCAUUUCAGAACAUUUUUUGUCAUUCCCGUUGCCAUUCAUCUCAUACAAUUUGCCAUCAUGCAUAAUUAGAAUUAUUUAAUCAAAAAUCUCAUUUUCUUUGUAUUUUUUAAUGUUGUUGGAUGAUUCAUUCACAAAAUUCCCAAAAAUUUCGAGCUUUAUUCUGAAAACAUUAUCCAUAUUCCACAAUGCAUUUUUUCAUCGGGUCUUCGUUGUCUUGUACAGCUAAAAAUAAAUAAAUAAAUCUUUGUUGCUCUCCAAAAA